CCAACCCCCCGCCUUUGUUCUUGUCGAGAGGCGCUGCCAGCCCCGCCAUGGAGGCGCCGAGACCCCGGCCUGGGCAGGUGACCUUUGAGGACGUGGCGGUCUAUUUCUCCCGGGAAGAAUGGGAAGAGUUAAGCGAAUGGCAACGGGAGCUCUACCAAGCGGUGAUGAUGGAGAAUUACGAGGCGGUUCUGUCCUUGGGACCCCUGCCCAUCAAGCCGCGGAUUAUCAACCAAAUUGAACAGAAGGAGGCCGUUGUCACGGGAGAAUUGUGGAAGCCCUGCAAAUGGACAGAGGCCCAAGACCAAUGGCUGGAAGAUGGCAUCCGGAUGGUGGAGGACGGCGAGGGCAGAGGGGAGACCGGGCCUCCUGCGAUACCCACUGUGAAGAGGAAGAAAGGCCGCCCUCGGACCGUCAACCCAGUCCCCAAACCCGAAAGCAAAGCUCCCCCCCGGGUGACACUGAAGAUGAACCCGCCGAGGUGUCCUGAGUGCGGUAAAAGCUUCCUCAGCAAUGUGGCCAUGACCAUCCACAUCCGGACGCACACCGGGGAACGGCCAUUCAAAUGCCACCUCUGCCCCAAAGCCUUCCCCUCCCGGGGGGAUCUCAAGAGGCACAUCAAAACCCACCUUCGCAAGAAACCGCCCCCAUCGGUCAUGGCCCGCAGUGGCUCCUCGAAAAAGAGCUUGGCAGCCAAGUUGCAGCUGCAGUGUCACUUGCGCUGCCCGCCGGAUCCGAAAAAACCAUACAACUGUGUGCAGUGCGGGAAGAGCUUCAACAAGAAGCAGAGCCUGCGCAAGCACGAGGGGACGCACUCCACGGAACGGCCCUUCGCCUGCCUGGAGUGCGGGCGCAGCUUCCGGCUCAAGCAGAUCCUGGUGGCACACAUGGCCUCACACAUCAAGGAGCGCCCCUUCGCCUGCGAUCAGUGCGGGAAGUGCUUUGCCCAGGAACGCAAUGUGCGCAGCCACCAGCGGGUGCACACCGGUGAGAAACCCUUCCUGUGCAUGGCAUGCGGGAGGCGCUUCGGCUACAAGCAGCACUUGGUCAAGCACCUGCGCUUCCACACCGGCGAGCGGCCCUACGGCUGCCCCGAGUGUGAGAAGACCUUCCGAGACAAGGCCACGCUGAACAUCCACUACCGCAUGCACACCGGCGAGCGGCCGUACCGUUGCCCAUUCUGCAGCAAGACCUGCCGGCAGAAGCAACACCUCAAUAGCCACCUGAAGGUCCACCGCGGGGAGAAGCUGCCCCCGGGGGACACCACUGGGGUCACCUUGCAAAGGGCCCGUGCUAAGGAGAAGCCGUACGAGUGUCCGCAGUGUCAGAAGCGCUUCCGGAACAAGAAGAUCAUGCUGGUACACCAGAAGACCCACAAAGAGGAACCGUUGCCACGAAGUGCCCCACUGCAGAGAAAGUGUGAUCCAGUUGUGGCAGAUAGAAAGGCCCCCAGGGCAGGCCAAGGGGCAGGGAGGAAAAGGAAGGACACGGGGCUCACCACGGGGACGGCGUCUGUCUCGUCGAAGUUGGUUCCCAUUAGCUGCACCGUCUGCGGGAGGAGGUUCACGCAAAAGAAGUACCUGACACUGCAUCAGAGGAGCCACAGGUGAGGAGAUGCCACUUCCCGUUAGAAUCUCAUCUUUGGCAAAGACCCUUGGAUAGUGCGUGGUGCAGGAAUUGCCUGAGAAGAACCUUUUGCACAGCAGCUGCUGUGGAGGAGGUGCCAGUUUGGGAUCAGAACUAUGUAGACUCAGCGCUGUGAGAAAAGUCUCUUUAUUGCAGGUGGCGGAACUGUUUCAGCUGCGGCACUGCUCAGAAAGGAAGCCCCACCCCCUUCUGUAGGACUGAAAUCCUCCAGCUUUUACUCCUGCCCUUUGGGGUCAAAGGACAGCCAGCUGUUCUUCUCCCGGUCUUGAGAGCAGACAGACACUUCUGUGGGUUUCAGCCCUCUCUCUCUCUGUGUGUAUGUCACUGAGCAACCAGGACCAUCAAAACAAGCCAGGAACGGGUGAUCAUAGCUUCUCAAGCCUUCAGAAGGGCGUAACGCUUAUCCCGAAAGACCCCUAAAUCUAAAGGGGAACAUUUUUCCACUCGAUCUGUGAAACAUUUAAUGGCCGUCCGAGUGGUGUUUAUCCCUAAAUACAGGUAAUCCUCAGCAUACAACAGUUGGUCUAGUGACCGUUUGAAGUUACAACGGCACUGAAAAAUGGCACAUAGGCCCAUUUGUCACACUUAUGACCGCAGGUUCACGUGAUCAAAAUUCAGACUCUUGGCAACGGCUUCAUAUUUAUGACUGUUGCUGUGUCCCAAGGUCAUGUGAUCCCUUUUUGUGGCCUGACCUGCAGAGUCAAGGGCGAAGCCAGAUUCAGUUAACAACUGUGUUAUUAACUAAACAAUCACAGUUAUUCAGUUAAUAAUGGUGGCAAGAAAGGUUGUGGCACACAUUUAACAAAUAUCUCGCUUAACAACAGAAAUUUGGGGCGCUGUUGUCGUCAUAGGUCGGGGACUACUUGUAUGCCAAAGGGUCCCUUAUUCCUGCAAAUGCCCUCUGAUGUAGCUUCGCCAUUCCUCGCACCCUGGGAGGCUUUCGGGACACUGAGACUUUUGCUUCGUAAGAAAUUGCCACAAAUAAUUUACCCUGAUACAGGAACUUGCAUGUCGGGGUCUAGGCUUCUUCUGCAAUAAACCAGAAUAUGGAGGAGGAGGAGGAGGAGGACUAUGGGGUCCCUGGUGUCUCUGAGCUGGGUGGUUUUCAUAUAGACAUUUCGUGACCCAACUAGGUAAUGUCAUCAGUGCUAGAAGGUAGUGGGGUUUGCAAGCAGGAGGAGAGGACCGGGAUGACAACUGUGAGGUUCUUGUUGCUCUCUGAGCUUGGUAGUGUUCUUGAAGACCUUUCAUGACUCACCUAGGGAACAUCAUCAGUGCUAGAAAGGAAUGGGGGUUUGCAAACAGGAGGAGGAGGAGGAAAGAAAGAUAAGAUGCAUCCUGAAACAAAAGGACAAGUUGAGUGCCUAAAUCUGUUGAUGGCUGCCUGGGAGAAUUGCGUGGUGUGUUCCCCGAGGCUGGUUGAUCCCAGAUCCACUUUCAAAGGGCUGUCGGACGCCGUUCUUGAAAACUGGGGUGCAAGAAAAGGGACCAGCCUGUCCUUUUGCAAGGAGCAGGCACAGCCACAACAAAUGGAAGAAUAACAAGGGAAAGGGACUUUGGAGGUCUUCUAGUCAAACCCACUGCUCGAGCAGGAGACCCUUACAGAACAACAGAAUCCCAGUUGGAAGAGGCCUCAGAGGUCAUCUAGUCCAUCCCCCUGCUUGAGCAGGAGACGCUUACAGAAUAAUAGAGUUGAAAGGAACCUUAGAGGUCAUCUAGUUCAACCCCCCAGCUCAAGAAGACCCUAUACCAUUUCAGACAGAUCUGUCCAGUCUCUUCUUAAAAAAUUUGGGAUGCUUUCUGAGCUUGGUGGUUUUCUUGCUGACCUCACAUUACCACGCUAGGUAACAUAAUCAGUUCAAGAAAGGAGUUUGUGGUCUGUUUAUACCACUUAAGCCCUUCUAGUGCUGAUGACAUUACCUAGUUGGUCAUUAAAUAUUGGCAAGAAAACAAUCCAUCCGGAGGGAUAGCAAGGUUUGGUUGAAUAACCAUAAGACUCAUUUAGGAAAGGGGGCAGAGCCGUGGAUCCACAAAGACCGUUCCCUCAAAUUGGCCAUGUCCCCCCCACAAAUAAAGUGGAAUAUCCCCAAAUUUUGGUGGUCCAGAUACCCCCUCCCAUCAGUUGGCAAUGAUUCCUUCCCAUCCAAACCCGGAGAGCCAGCGUUUCCUCAGCAACUCUAAGAUGGGUGGACCUCAACUCCCAGAAUUCCACAGUCAGCAAGAAUUCUGGGAAUUGAAGACCACUCCUCUUAAAGCAUGAUGGCUGGGGAAUUCUGGGAGUUGAAGUCCACCCGUCUUAAAAUUGCUGAGAUUAAGGAAGACUGUUUCAGGCUUAGAAGGAGAAACAAAAGAAUGUCAGAAUUGGAAAUCACCUGUGUAUUUGUGUAUUGGUCCGUUUGUGGUUUUGGAAAGAGGAAUAAUCUUUUUGGGAGCCUCAGGCUGCUUUGCUGACGUGCAAAAAGGAGGGUCGAGAAGACAAGGACAACUUUGGGGGCAUGAGGCCCGCAUGGGGCCCUUUAAAGCAGGAGCUGUUGCGGUCACCAAAUUCCCAUGCAGCCAAAAGAAAGAAAAAAAAUCACGGUAACCUGUAAUGAUGAUACACUGAUUAUUCCACAUGUAUGAAAUAAUUUUCUCCUGUCGUAUUAAAAAUUGCUAUUCAGAGGCAA